AAAAAAGGGAGUGUUGCCAUGGACGCCGUUCACCUGUGGAAUUAAUUAUCCUGACGGGAGAGGGGUGGUGCCGUUUAGAUCCCUCCUAAUAAACAAGUGCUCCUGCCUUGCCUCGCGGCACAUUUCCAUCCGACUCUAUCCAGGGAUCACUCCACAAUCCUCCAUCCUCUGACCAAGAUGCCGAGCCAACUGGAGGGAGCCAUGGACGCCAUGAUCAAGGUCUUCUACAACUACUCAGGGAACGACGGGGACAAGUACAAGCUGAACAAGGGCGAGCUCAAAGAGCUCCUGACCAGUGAGCUCACCGACUUCCUCACGUCCCAGAAGGACCCCCUGCUCGUAGAGAAGAUCAUGAACGACCUUGACUCCAACAAGGACAACGAGGUGGACUUCAACGAGUUUGUGGUGCUGGUGGCGGCGCUCACCGUGGCAUGCAACGACUUCUUCCAGGAGCAGCAGAAGCUGAAGGAUAAAUAGAAGCUGAAGCCCCCCCCCCCCCCCCUCUCAGCGAAGGGGCCACAGGAGACUGCGGUGACUCAGCAUUGAGAUCCCCCCCAACCCAAAAGAUAUGAUUAAUGUUUGGUGUUCCCAUGGUAACGGAAGAAGCCAAUCAGUGUUGAUAAAAACAUGUACACCCUCUGCUGGAGUUUAGAUUAUACAAUAUCAUAUAUCAAAACAUAAAUAUGCAGCUCAGAACUCACUAAAUGUCUCAACAAUCUGCAUAGUCUCAGAGUAUCCAUCAUUUCCUUAUUGCUUUUGAAUAUCGCUAAGUCUUGGUCUUAUUCUGUAUUGUUUAGUCUAGUGCUACAAAUAUAUCUAUUAUUUAUUUUGUGCAUGCUAUUCAUUUCAUAUUCAUAGUUUGUAUGAGUUGGAAAUGUAUAAAUGUCAAAAUCUAAAUGGUUGUGAAUGAGGGUAUAGUCUCUGAACGACUGCAUCUCGUUUCCACUAAUACUAACUAAUAAUGCUAUUCAAACUCUUCCUGAAAACAUUUAUAGCAAUCAUAUAUAGCAAUCCUAUAGAUUGAAUUAUCUGUGUGUAUUAGUAAUAUCUAUCAUCAUUUGUUUUGUCUUUAGUAUUGUUUUGAGUAUUGUGCUCAUCAAAAAGGCUCCAGUCUUUUGAAGAUAAUGGCAUGUGGAAUUGUUCUUUAAUCCAGCCAGAUGGCCAGGAUCAUUUGACGUUGGGAUGUGACACAUCAAAUGUAAAAUAAAUCACUGAGCUCAA